ACCAUGGCCGUUGAGAUUGCUCCUCUUCCACUACCUGCCUCCGUGGACCGUACCAAGUUCAACCCUGACUUUGGAAGAGAAGUCAAGGGUGUCAAUCCUAGUCAACUCACACACGAACAGUUCGAGGAGAUCUCGGACCUUGUGUACAAGCACAGUGCUCUGCUCUUCCGCAAUACAGAUCUUACACCAGAGCAACAAUAUGCUCUCAUCAAGGCAUUUGACCCUACUUGCGAUAGCUACGGUCACGGCAACAACAAGACAGACUCCGAGAAGAAGUCCAUUCUUAAUCCGAUUCUCAAGACAAUUCCGCGCGUACCACAGGUCCAGCUCAUCGGGAACGGCACAGUUUACGAUCAUGAAGGGUUUUCUGACGUAACGCUAAAGCACCCUUCGCACACCACAUUCCACAAGACACGCAUCUCCCCUGAGGACGAGAAGAAAGGCUAUACGAGGUUUAAUCGUUGGCAUAUAGAUGCAGCGGUGUAUGAUCUAUCUCCACCGAAGGCCACGGCGUUAUAUGCAAUCAAGGUCCCUCAGGGCGACAAACAGAUCGUUCGGUACGACGAUGGAACAGGAGACGAACUCCCAGUUCCACUUGGUACGACUGCCUUCGUGGAUGGGAAGACGAUGUUUGAUAUCCUGCCUCCGGAGCUGAAGAGCGUUGCUGUACGUGGACGCAUCCGCUAUGCACCUCAUCCUUUCGUGUGGAUGGGUCCUGCACGCGCAAUUUCAACGGGUCUUGGGAUGGAAACGGAGGGCCGUGAAUUACCUUUAGACCAACUUCCUCCAUGGGAAGAGAGCAAAAUCAAGGUUCUUCCGAUGCUGUGGAAGAAUCCAGUUACGGGAAACCUUCAUUUUCAAGUCCAUCCCUGCGCUGCGCAGGAGCUGCUCAUAGAUCCAUUACCAGAAGGUGUGAAGAGAGAAGGAGCUCUAUUUCCAGACGGAGCACAUUUGAAAGACUUGAAGGAAGUACGCGACCUUCUCUACAAAAUGCAGCGACCUGCAAUCUCGCCUUCACUUGUAUACCCACAUGAUUGGAGACCCAAAGACCUUAUUCUAUUCCACAACCGAGGCCUCCUUCAUACUGCUGUUGGUGCUUUUAUGCCUGACCAAGUUCGGGCAUUCCAUCAGUGCAAUCUCGCUGCAUCGGACGACCCGACGGGACCUAGCGAAGCAGACGUCCAAGCCUGGGCAUAGCAGUAUCGCGUUCUCGUUCUCUUGGUGUAUCUCAAGCAUCCUUCGGGCAAUACAAUUCAUCGCUUUUUCGUCUCAAGCGCUCUGCAUGUUCAAGUGUACGACAAAUUGUAAGAUACAGGGAAGGGGGGAAUUAUUCAGGACUGCUGUCAUCUGUAUGAAAGCU